AUGUCCUCGCGGAAGCGCCCUGCAGCGUCUCCUGGCUUCGCCACAUCCCGCUACGACGCGGACUUCUGGGGCCUCGAGGGCGGCAGGGGCAAGCGUGGCCCAAGGAAGAGGCCUGCCGCCACGGACGAAGCCCCGCCCUUGCCGCCGCGAGAGUAUGCCAGUCGUAACCAGCGAGACAUCGACGCAUGUCGGGACCUGAUGAUCUCUUUGGCCACAGAUGAUCUGCGACAGCGCCUGAUGCGCAGCCGCUAUGACCUCGAAAGUGCCCGCCACACGGAACGGCUGAGACAGAUCCAAGCGGGAACGGCGCUCGACGAUGACUGGCUGGGGGAAGCGGCCCAGGUUUUCAACGUCUCCACCCGCAAGAGGAAGCAGAAGCAGGUCGUGGAGGACGUGCUGGAGGCCGUCCGCCAGGCCCGACAGCGCGCCCCCGGCACCGCGAACGCCUUGGAUGCCGAGCGGAGGGCGGCGCUGUGCAGGCGUACCAGGGAUGCCCAGGCCACGAAGCGCGAGGCCUGGGCCGCGGGCAUGCGCGCGGCGCAGAAGGACAUCCCGAGGAGUCGCGGCGUCGACUCGCUUCGGGAGGAUCUGCUCGUUAGAACUUGCCCGGAGGAUCUGCGUCUGCGCGUGGUGGGCGAAUGCGUCCAGCGGCACGGAGGUUGGCCUUCCGAGGCUGCAGAUCUCGGUGAAGACGAUCACUUUGCGCGCCUUUACUUGCUGAGCGCGCUGUCCCGAAGGCACGCCAGCGCCCUCACGGGCGAGCAGCUCUCGCCGGGCGACGCGGCGCAGUGGCAGCAGCUGCUCGACAGGAUCCCGGAGGCGCAGCGGCCCGAGUGGCAGGCGGACCCGCUGCGCCAGCAGUUGCAGGAUCACUACGAGGAGCAUGGCCACCUGAACGUGAGGCCCCCGACCAGGAGACAAACCGAUCCCGAGCGCUUGCUGCUCAAUGGCCUGAAGCUUCUGCGCCGCGCGCGGCUGGGCGAUGUCAGGGACGAGCGAGGCUUUCUGCUGCGCCGGCAGCUCUCGCCCGGGGACUUGGCGUCCUGGGAGGCAGUGAUCCCCGCCCAUGUGUUGUGGGGCACGGUGCGACAGACGGAGGCUUAUAUCCCGGGCAGCGCCAUUCUCGGCAGCCGGUGCGAGUGGCCCAGGGAGCCCGUGUGCUGCCAGCCAUGUCCGUGCUACCUGUGCGGCCAGGAUUUCGCCACGAAGAAGUUGUUGCAGGAGCACUGGUGCCAGGCGCACGUGGACUUGCCCGAGGCGGAGCGGAGCUCGCUGGCGCCGCGGCGAGUCGAGGAGGAGAUCCGAAAGAGAAUCCUCGCGGACGAGCAGAUGGAGGGCCCCUUCGAGGUCCGGGGCGCGGAGCAGCGCCGCGCGCUCGGUCGCUUCGCAGAGAACCAGACGCAGAGCCGGCCUGGGGCGGAGUGGGGGGGGCAUUUCGAGGGCAAGGAGAACUCCUCGACCGUUUGCCGCGCCCUGAGCGGCUGCGUUGUGUGCGCGCAGUCCUUCUGGCUGGAAGAGCUCUUCGACGCGGACUUGUUCGUGGAGCCCGUGGACCCCGAGCAGGAUGCGGGCGCUGGCGAGCCCGCGGCAGAGGGCGCCGGGGGUGGCGAGGAGGACCCGGCGGCGGGCGCGCCCGCCCUGCAGCCCCAGGGCCCCCCGGAGCUGCCCGCGGCAGAGGACGCGGCCCCCCCGCGCCGGGCUCGCUUCGCCGUGUGUUUCGAUUGCGGAAAAUCAUUGGAGGGCGCGCCAGAAGUGAAAAUGCCAGUGAAUGCGCUGGCGAACGACAAUUGGAUUGGGCGAGUUCCAUUUCCCCUCCGACCCGGCGGCGAACCAUUGCGGGACAUGGAGCUGCGAUCGCUGGCCCGGGGCCGCGUGUGCGUGAACAAGAUCAUCGCCGAGCCCGAGAAGAGGGGUCCUCGAGACGAACGGCAGGGGGGACUCGUCGGGAACUUCAUAUGCUUCCCGCAGGCCAAGGUGGAUCUCCUGAAAAGUGGCGAGCUGCCCGCCCCUGCGGCCGAGGCGGAGAGAUUCCUGGCCGACGGCGUUGUCAUCGCGCUGGCAGGGGCCGACGUGGACGAUCUCAGCAGGGCCCGGUGGGCCAACGUGCGGAAAGGCGAGUACAUGGGCGCCGCCGGUUUCUUUACCUCCCACUCGGUCUCGCACAGCGACAUGACCUGCAACCAGGACAGAGCAGACGCGGACAUGAGCGACGCGGGGGCCGUUCCCGAGGCCGUGCGACGCAUCGCAGUGCCCAUCGAGGUCUCGGAGAAGUUGAAGCAUCGGAUGGAGGGCCCUGCCGACGCGUGCGCCGCGGCCCACGAGAGCGUCGUGAGAGUGGACGGGGAGGAGUGCGCGUCCGAGCACGAGGCGGGGGAGGAGGAGGAGCAGGGGGAGAACGACCUGAACGCCGCGCUGCCCGACCCGGACUUCCCCGCCGAGGCGCUCCCGGCCAUGUCUUUCUGCGCCGAUGCCACGAGCAGCGGCGACCUCGACGAGCUCCAGACGGUCCGCAAGGUGCACGCUGAACUCGAGGCCCUGCAGGAUUCCAUGCGCGAGGAGGCCUCCGGCAACGGUCGCCCGCGCCGGCGCCUGAUCAAACAGCUGCAGGUCAGCGCCACAGGCAUGCUCGAUCGCAGCUUGUCGCAGCGGAUCAUCGGCCACGACGAGGCGCUGAAGAAAGCGGAGGAGCAGGGGAGCUCCGUGGCCCCGGGAGGCAUGGAGGGGUAUGCCCAGGGCACCGCCACGAGACCGCUGUCGAUGUACAGCCCGGAGCUCUGGUCCAUGUGUUUCCCCGACAAGUUCCCUUACGGUGAUGGAGUUUUCGGCCUGUCCAGGACUUCGCCCAUGUCUUUCCAGCAGUGUACGUCAAUGCAUCUGCUCCGCGAGGAGCUGGUGUACCAGGUGACUCCCGAGGACUUGGCCGCGGCCGCCACCUCCAAGACGUGGGGCAAGGGCGACGCCGGCGGGCCCGGCGCGACCGGGCGGGCCCGCGCUCCCGGCGGUUCCUCGUGCGGCUGUCUGCAGUGCAGAGAUCCGUGCAGGCGCUACGAGGCGCCCGAGCAGCCGCGCUGGGGGGCCGACCGCGAUCUGAUCUGCUGCUACUACGACGCUGGGCGGCGCAUCGAGCAGAUCCGCAGGGCCAGGGGCCACGUGAACAGAUUGGGCUUCGAUGCGCGCCUGCAGAAGAUCUGCGCGGCCUCCUCGGAGAAGCUCGACGCCGCCGUGCAGAGCCUCGGGCCGAAUGCGUCCCUGAAGGACGCGCUCCGGUCCCCCGCCGUGGACCAGGACGUCAGAGACGCCCUCUCCGAGCUCAUGGUGUUCACCUCCGAGGUUCUCGGCUCCGACGGCGCGCGCGCGAGACUGCGCCACGAGCAGAACGGCUUUGCCCUCAUGUUCGGCGGCGCCGGGGGCUUCCUGACCCCGAACGUCGCGGACGUGCGGAGCCCCGUCUUGCUCACCCUGCACUCGGCCGGGGGCUGCGAGACCCACGCCGUGGACCUCCUCGCGGAGGCCCCCGACAUGCCCUCCGCUCGGCGGAUGCUCCACAUCGUGGCCCAGGACCCCGUGGCCCAGGCCCGCUUCUUCAUCUUCACCAUGCAGCUCUUCUGCGAGCACGUGCUCGGCACCGGCCCCUGGGACAAGUUUCUGCGCCACAACGGGCGUUGCGACGGAGCGGCUUUCCCCGACGGCUUCGCCACCUCGUGCACGGGCGGGGCCUUCCUCGAGGUGGCGGCGCUGCACGGGCCCAUCGAGGAGCAGGCGCGGCUGUCCAUCCACCCGCACAUCCUCCUGUGGUUCGUGCACGCGCAGUCCGAGCAGUGGCUCCGAUGCGUGGCCAACAGAGAGACCGAGGAGAUCCGCCGGCGGCUUCGCGUGUGGCAGGAGAAGACUCUGGCCGCCGUGCAGUCCAUGCAGCUGGACUCCGCGGCCGUGCUCCCGCUGCUCCUCACCGACGACCCCGACCGGGCGCCCGAGCCCAGGAACACGCCCUUCUCAGAGAAGCUGCAGCAGGAGUGCCGCAUGGAUGGCGAACUGGAGCACGACGUGAAGGAGCCGGAGAAGCGGCGCGUCUUCCUGGCCACCGAGCCCCUCUUCGAGGACCACCACCUCCGACGACGCCGGCAGUCGCUGGCGGCCGAGGCGAGGCCCCUGAGCGAGUAUAUGGUGCCACAGACGGGCGCUCAACUCUGUCGCCUCGAGCCUUACCGGCUGCUGCGGCCCGUCACGGACGACGACCUGGAGACGGCGGCGGGCCGGAGCGCGGAGGCGGCGGCCUGGGCCGCGCGCUACGCCGAGGACUACCGCCAGGACAUCGCCGUGGGCCAGAUGCACCAGCACAAGGACACCUGCUUCAAGUACGUGGUCGAGAAGUCCAUGCGCGUGGCCCGGCACUGCCGCUUCAACUUCUGCCACUUCGUCAAGCUCUGGCUCCACGUAGAGGAGGGCGCGAAGGGCCCUCCGGGAGCGAUCGGUGCGCAGAAGAAGCGCGCCGCCAAGCUGGUGACCCUGGCGCGAACCGGCAAGGACCUUGUGCUGCCCAGGCUGCCUGGCGAGCCAGAGCCCGACAUGUUCCCCCUGGACGAGAACGGCGCGCCCGUGCCCCUGCGCCCCGGGCGCAAACUCGGCCCGGUCGUCAAUGCCGACCCCGACCAUGGAAAACGCGGCCUGAUCAUGCCCAUUCGCUGGAACCCGAUGGAAGGCAGUUCCAAUGGCGUGGCCCAGACGGCACUCAACUCCAACGUCGAUUUCCAGAGCAUGAUGCGCACGUUUUGUAACGGGUUUGAUUCGGGAGCCCGGGACACGUUGCGCGACCCGCCCCUCUCUGCGGACGAGGAGGCCGCGGUCGAGGCGAAGGAGGACCGAGAGUUUUUGGCGAACCUCCCCGACAGCGUGGAGAAGCUCGUGGCCGCCCGCAAGAGGGCCCACAUGCCAGAGCUCGAAGAUCACGAGGCCGAGAUGAUGCUCAGGCAACGGCGAGAAGCCCGCAAGGCGGCGCAGCGGAAGCUGGGCCCAGCCGAGCGCUUCAGGCGCGGUAUCAGAGCGCUGACCGUUAACAUCAUGAAGCAGUCCAUUCAGGCCAUGUUCUACGCCUGCGACUACUCCACCAAGCCGAACAUGACCUGCGCGCCCCUCCUGGUGGCGGUGCGCGACGGCAUUCGGCGCCUGGAGGAGCGGCUCCGCCUCGAGGAAGAAGAGGCGGCGGCGGCGGAGGAGACGGGGGGUGCGGGGGUCCCGCGGCCGAAGCCGCUGAGGAGGGGGCCCGCGCUGAGCCAGGUCCAGGACGAGGCUCGGCGGCGCCUGAUCCGGCAGGCCACUGCUGCCAACCAGGCCAUCGUGAAGGGCAACUGCCUCAUGGUCAUGCAGAUGCUCACCCGACGCGAGGUGCUGCGCUCCCACUCCACCUGGCAGCUGAUGAUGAAGAACGCCAUGUGGCUGGCCUUCGAGAGCCGGCGACUCCAGCAGGGCUUCGACGAGCGCGAGCAGCAGAACGAGGCCACGGUGCUCCUCGACGCCGCGGAAGUGGACAGCCAGGCCACGGACCCGUGCGACUGCGACAGCGAGCCCGAGGAGCGCGAAAGCGCCGACGGCGAUGCCGACGGCGAUGCCGCCGCCAGUGUUCCCGGCUCCCCCUUGGCGGCUCCGGAGGGGAUCCCCCCGGCUGCCUCGGGAGGGUCGCCGCAGCCGGCCGCGCGCCGCGUCGAGGGGGGUCCCUCCGGCGGCGCGCCGCCCCCGCCCGCCAUGCUCGAUGCCCCUCGGCAGGUCGCAGCAGCUGGCUGCGCGCCCGCAGGCGACGCGCCUGCGGCGCGCGGCGGACGAGGCGCCUCUUUGGCCGAGGGGCCCGCGGACGAGCCACAGCAGGGGAACUCGGAGGUCCGCUUGAAGAGCAACAGCUAUUACGACGACUACUUGCACCGCGGCUCCACCGAGCUCGGCGCGUCGGGUCGAGCGGCGAACACUCCCCUGGCCGCCAUGUCCCAUUACGACUACGGCAUGUGGGUGCGCGUGGUGCCGGGGGACCCGGACGCCCUGGCGCCGGACCAGUUCGCCUUCGCCAGCCACUACGGGAAGCAUGGCGCCUACGUCCAGCAGUUGCGGCCCGCUCCGGCCGCGCCGUACAUCUCCGGCUUUACGAUGCCGACCGAAGAGAAAGACCCGGAGACGAACGCCUGCUUCAAGCAGGUGCUGUUGAGGCCGCAUGCAUGCCCGGGGCCGGACAGCUGUCGCCAGGUGCACUUCGCCCGGCACUUCUGCUGCGCGUCCCUCGGCCGGGAGGGGAAGGCCAGGGGGGGUCGCCCUCCUCGUCUCUCUUUUCGGGGACCUUGGCGCGCGUAUCACGCCGAACAGCUCGUCCUGGCGAAGAGGGCCGACCAGAUCCUGCAGCGCUCGCGGCAGUGCCCCGUGCUGCACGACACGACCGCCGUGCGCUACUGGCAUCUUCCCGGCACCGUGCGCGGGGGCCCGGUCCACGAGAGUUUCCUGCCGUUGCUCUGCGGUGGCCGCCACGCGACGGACCCCGGCUUGGACGGCACCUGGUGCCGCCGCCGCGAGGUCCCGACCUCGGACGCAGACGCCGAUCUGCUGCGGCCGUCGCGCGGGGCGGGGUGCUGGCGAAUGGCCCUACCCGUGGACCUCGCCUGGGCCGUGCUGCGCUUCGCGGGCGACGUCCGCGGCGACGAUGGGCGGCUCCUGGGGGUCGCCGGCUCGGAGGAGGAGCGCGCUCGGCUGGGCGAGCGGGCGGCCCGCGAUGGCGAGUCGGUCACGUGCGCCUGCCCUGGAGUCCACGACGACCAGCUGACCCCCGAGAUGUUCUUCGCCGUUCGGCACGUGGAGGUGGCCGCCCGUCUGGAGUACAUGGCCGAGGCCCGCGGGCUGCCGAGGCCGGCGCAGGGGCCCAGCGACGCGGUGGCGGAGGAGGAGCUCGGCGGAGAUCGAUCCGACGAUGACGCGGCUUUCGACUUGGACGAGGCGCUGCCGGGCGAAAACUCAUCCGGCGAGGAGCGCCAGGAGAGCACGGACGCGCGAGAGGAUCAGGAGGGCAUGAAGCCGAUCUUCAGGUUGCAGGAGGAUGAGGUCGACGACGUCGUGCACAGAACGACGGCGGCUGAGGCGGCCGUCCGCAGUCGAGGGGGCACGCACAAGAAAGCCCUGAUGGAAACGUUCCUGCGCAUGCAGGGGCCCGCUUACAAAAGCGCCCGGCAGCCCUGCGCCGUGCGCGAGCGCGCCCCUCGGUUGGCAGCGCUCACUCCCGAGGACGUGCAGAGCGCCAAGAGGGAACAGGACAGGAUCCGCGAGGAGAGGGCCGCACAGGACGACAAUCUGGGAGCGGCCGGCGCGGGGCCGCCCGUCGCGACGGCGGCGCCCGCCGACGCGCCCGCGUCGGCGAGGCGCCUCGGCCAGGAGGACAUGCCGAUAUCCCCGCUGCAGAUGGCGCUGACCCUCAUCGCCGAGUCCGGGGUGUGGCAGAGCAAGGAGCAGUACCUGGUGACGCUCUUCCUCCUUCAGCCGAUACAGCAACUCUGGCAGAAGGCCCUCGAGACGGACGGCUUGGACAGCCUGUCCACGGCCGCGGGCCUCGCAGCGGCCUCGAGGGACGUGCAGGUCCGCCGCGUUUUCCUGCACGGGCCGGGGGGUUCUGGGAAGACCUACUGCAUGACCGAGGUGGUCAACAAGGUGGUCGUGCGCUUCUUCGGGCACAGGGGGCUGAAGCUCGUGGCCGCGGCCAACAGCGCCGCACGCAUCCUCGGUGGCAAGACCAUGCACGCGGCGGCGAAGCUGACGCGGAAGCAGUCCCUCGCGGCGAACAGGCUGAGGCCCAAUUCCAGGGCGAAGAAGAAGUUGGAGGCCGAGUGGGAAUACCUUGUGCUCCUCCUCGCCGACGAGAUCGGCCUGGCUUCCCCCCCGCUCCUCGCGGGCCUGAGUCGCCGCGCGACUUUCGGCCGCAAGGACUUGCUGCGGCUCCGCGCGGACAGGGCCAUCGAGGAGCCCUUCGGCCAGGUGCUCGCGCAGGCCAUCAUGGGCGACUUCAUGCAGGUGAACCCGGUCUGCAGCCACACGCUGCUGGAGGCUCUGCUGGUCGACUCGCGCGUUCCCGGCGUCCCGCGGAAGGUCGCGGACGAGGACGAGGACGGCUGGAAGGUCUUCAGGAAGAUGGCCUCCGACGUGGUUCUUUUCACUGGGACGCAUCGCUUUCUCGAUGAGGACCUGCCCCGGCUCUUCGAGAUCAUGCGCACUCCGGGAGGGGCGAGAGUGCCCGACGACUUGCGCGCGAAGAUCAGAGACCGCGCGCAGCUGGGCCCCGACGACCCGAGGAUGUCCAUGGACUACGAACUGGAGGGCGUCAGGGGCUUCUUCGCCCUCGGCGCUCGCGCGGCGAUCCAGUGGGAGCAGGUCGCGCGCCUGCAGCAGCUCCACGUGCUCGCCGCCGCGAGGGUCUGCCCGGGCCCCGUUGCCUCGUUCAACAGGGAGGACGACGGCAAGCCGGAUGUCCGGCACCGCGGCCUCAGCAGCACGGCGCCUUCGGGGGCGCGCGGGCAGCUCGUGUAUUACUUUCAGGCCGUCGAUCGCUUCAAGCACCUGCAGAACCGAGACAGGUACCUCGAGGCGCUGAAGUUCAUGAACCUCUCCAAGAGCAACGGCCUGCCGGGCAUGUGCGCGGCCUACCUUGGCAUGCGAGGGCGCCUCACGAAGAAAGUCAUGGGCCCGGAGCUGGUGCAGGAGGCCACGGGCGAGGUUGUGGGCAUCCGCUUUCACCCGCGGGAACGCUUCGGCUUCGCGCAGAACCCCGGCGGUGGUUCCGAGCAGCCCUCGCCGGAUCACCCGUGCUGGGAGCGGGGGUUCGUGGUCUGCGACUAUCUCCCCGUGCACCUCGAGAUUCGCUGGGACGGCUGCACGGUGGAUUACACUGGCCUGAAGAAGCCUGGCGUGUACCAUUUGGAACCCGUGCAGGACGAGUGGGAGUUGCCCGUCACGCGCGAGUUCACGGUGAAUCAUCCAGGCGCGGCGCGGGCCAAGCCGGUCGUCGCCAAGAGCAAGCGGAAAAAGGGGCUGGAAGUGACGCGCACGCAGCUCUCUUGGGCACCCGAGGACCAGCUCACCUUCCAGAGCAUCCAGGGCCGCACCAUCCGCGGGCCCGAGGGCGAGCCCAAGGGUUUCGUCGUCGACCUGUUUCGCCCGGGCACGAUGCAGGGCGAGGAGCGCCAGGGGGAGUAUUUCCAGCACGUCUGGAUGGUCCUCGGCAGGGCCAGGAGACUGGAGUGGAUGUUGCUGCAGAACUUCCCGCGCGACGAGAGCACCGGCGAUCUGGAUUGGUCGAUCCUCGAGCAGGGGCCGCCAGACUACCUGAUUGAGUUCAUGGGCAGGUUGGCGACGCUCAACAGGAAUACGCGGCGCAAGAUGGUGCGCGAGCAGGGGAAGCUGGGGGCGCCGGCAUGGGAGAACGUGCCCACGUGCCCGCCGGACCCCGACCGCCCGGGCAGGUUCUUGUACAUCGCCGAGGACUGGAUCAGGGCGGGCGCCGUCUGCGCCCGGUCCGUCGCGCGCCCCGCGGCCGAGGCGAGGCCCGACGCGGCCCCGCGGAGGAGACUCCGGGGCAAGAGGCCGCGCCAGGACCUGCUCUCGAAGACGGACUUGCCGACCGCGCCGUCCGAGGAGCCCGGGGAGGGUGUUUCGCUGCCGCGGAAGCGGUCGCGCGGCGAGGCUGCUGGGGAGGAGGAGGGCGAGCUGGCUUGCGGCACUGCCGGCGCAGCGCCGGCUUCCUCGACGCAGUCGACUCUGGUGUUGGCGCCGGCGCCCCGCGCCCGCGGCUGGUACUGCGACCUGCUCCGCCGCCGCAUCGGCAGACCGAGGCCUGCGCCGGCGUGGUUCAACAACUCUCUCAUGGGCGAGGUGGACCCCGAGUCCGGCACGCAGCUCGGCCUAUCGUGCGGCUUCUUCGCGGUGAACCACUGCCUCGGCCACGCGGGCAUGCGGCAGCUGUCGGCCGCGCAGUUCCGGCGGCGCGCGGGGAACGAACGUCACCCCGAGGGGGACUUCGAGGACGGGGCCCUGCGCCUGAACCUCCAGGACUGCGGGUGCCAUUUCGAUCUGCUGCAGGGCGCGGACCACCAGGACGCCAUCCGCACGGUGGGGGACUCGGACGACCGGCUCGCAAUCUUCCACGGCGACCACGCCCUGGGGCUCAUCCUGCACCAGCCUGACCCCCGGCACUGGAUCGCGCUCGUUCGACCGCCAGAGGCCGUGCGAGAUGGCGACGCUGCCUGGCUCUGCGACUCCUUGCACUCGAUGGUUUUCGCGCUCUCGGCCGACGAGGUUCAGGAGUUCCUUGGCCUCAUGGGCUCCAAGCAGCUGCAGGCCGCGGACGGGGUCGGGCGCGAAUUCGAACGGAUGAGGCUGAUCUCUGAAUGGUGCGCUUACAGAGUUCACCGCCGCAGCUGA